AUGAUCGCCAUCGCCGGACGAAGAGUACGACUUUCGAGUUCGACGCGGUUUUCUUCUUCUUUUCUGAGCGACAACAAUAACAACAACGUGAGUCACAGAAAGGAUGAUGACGAGUGCGAUGACGAUGGAAAAAAUCGGCGAUGGAUUUGUUCUUCUUCUUUAACUUCUUCUUUAACUUCUUCUUCGACUUCUUCGAAAAGUGGAGGACGACGGGGGAUGAGCAGCGACGCGUCGCCGUCGCCGUCGUCGUCGUCGUCGUCGUCGAGCAGUGACAGCAGUAACAGUAACAGCAAAAGCAGUUCGACGAGAAACGAACGAGAGAAGGAUGAUGAUGAUGAUGAUGCAACGAAGAAGGAGAAGAAAAAAGAUGGAUUCGAAGGGGGUGCGAAAUCCACCACGUCUGCGAAAGCGCAAGAUUUAUUGAACGCGUUUCGGAAACAACGAGAGAAGUUACAGUCGGAUCCACGCGUGAAAGAGGCGUUUUCUGAAGCGAAGAAGUUUAAGGAGGAGAUGAAGAGAGAGGUUGGGAUGGAGAGGAUGUUUGGCAAAGGCGGCGGCGCAAAAAGCGCUUCAGGGGCGAGCGAGGAAAAAGAAGCUUCCCCUGAAUCAUCUUCCUCUGACAGUAGCAGCAGCAACAGCGCGUCGUCGUCGGCGUCGGCAUCGACGUCGUUUAUCGGCCGUUACUUUAACGUCGCCCUCGACGCCAUCCGAGAAGAAGUGCGUUUGCUCAACAUGGACGAAACCGAACAGUUUAAAGAAAAACGGAAAAAACAGCGCGAAAAGGAAAUGCGAGAUUACGCCGCCGCCGCCGCUGGGGGAGGAGACGGCGACGCGCCUGCCUCGACCGCGGUACAAAUCGUCAAGCCGAAAGACCCAACUCGAUUCGAGCGCAUGUUUGAAGACGUGAAACAAAAGCUCGGAUUUAGCGAAGAAAAUUUAGAUAAACUGCAACAAUCCGAAGCGGUGAAAAAACUGAAAAAUGUCCAAGAAGAUUUGCGCGAACGAUGGGAAACCUCGGACUCUCCCAUGGUCCAUCGCAUCCAAGACGCCUCCGAAUCGUUUUUCGGUGAAACCGACCAAGCGGAAGCGAUGAAACUCAUACGCCAAAUGGACGUUGGUUUCAACACGUCUGAUUUCUUGAGCGAAGUCAAAUCCACGGUACCGGACGUCAUCAAAUCCUACCUCCUCGGCGACGUCGAGUCGUUGAAGAAAAUGGAAAACAUUUCCCCGGAAAUCAUCGAACGCAUGGACGGUCAAAUCAACGCCUGGAAGUCUUUAGGUCACGUCGUCGACGCGCGAUUAUUACACGUCAGCGAACUCGAACUCGUGGAAAUCCGCGUCCUCGAUAACUCCCCAACCGUGGUUUUACAAUUCGCCUGCCAACAAGUCAACUGCGUCCGCGACGCGAAAACGAAAGAAAUUAUCGAAGGUGCCAACGAUGACAUUCAAUCCGUGCACUAUUUAUGGGCCAUGCAGUUAUCCGACGUGGAGUUUGAAACCGAAGACGGGAGGAAAUUUAGCAAGCCGACGUGGCAGUUGCGAGAGAUGGUUUUGCGGGGGAUGAUGAGCAUCACGUGA